AGGGUGCCCAGAACCCUGGAGGGGAAGAGAAGUGUUAGGUGGAAUCGGGCUGAUUGCCCAUCAGAUCUUGUCUUUUCCUGGCAAUAGGACUGCUAUGAAAUCAUUGACUUUCUAUUUGCCUUUGGGGCUGAAAUAAAUUUAUUAUCCCCAAAUAGCCAAUCUGAUCCCAGACAAAUGCUGAUCAGAGCUAAGCUUCUCUGCCCUCGAGGGUGGCCAUAAAAUCCACACAAUUAUCCCCACGUGUUUUUAGUGGCUCAGCAACAGCAACAGAUGUUCUGUUUUCCCCAUGUUCCUCUGCACGUUUAAGGAGAACACAAGGGUGAGCUACACUGGCAUUCUGGAAGGAAAGACUCUAUACGUCAAUUUGCCAAAACAAGUUUUGACUUUUUCCCUGAAGUGUAAUCCUCUACUCACUUCAAAUGCCUGCUGCUCCGGGCCUCACCUGCUGGGCAAUGACGAUAGGGUUGGGAUGGGGGACAGAAUAAAGGAGCCGGGACCUGUAGCACCAACUCACACUCAGACCUGAGCAAGGACCAGAAGACUUCUGUUCCAGGAGACUCCUCAGACUCCUGUGGUCUCCAGAUUCCGGCAGAAGAUGAAAUGCCCUGGUCUUCCCUUCUGCCUUCUCUCUGCUGUGUUUUACCUCUUCUGGACACCUUCGGCUGGGCUAAAGACACUCCAUUUGGGAAGCUGUGUGAUCACCACAAACCUUCAGGAAAUGCGAAAUGGCUUUUCUGGGAUACGAGACGGUGUGCAAGCCAAAGAUGAAAUCAUUGACAUCAGAAUCUUGAGGAAGACCGAGUCUUUGCAGAAUACAAAGCCUGCAGAUCGGUGCUGCCUCCUCCGCCACGUACUGAGACUCUACCUGGACAGGAUAUUCAAAUCCUAUCAGACCCCUGACCACCAUAUCCUUCGGAAGAUCAGCAGUCUCGCCAACUCUUUUCUUAACAUCAAGAAGGACCUCCGGCUCUGUCAUGCCCAUAUGACAUGCCCUUGCGGGGAUGAAGCAAUGGAGAAAUACAGCCAGAUUCUGAGUCACUUCGAAGAGCUCACGCCUCAGGCAGCCGUGGUGAAGGCUUUGGGGGAGCUAGACAUUCUCCUGCAGUGGAUGGAGGAGAUGGCAUCAGAGGAAGUACGGAAUAAUGACGCUGCUCAGGGAAUCCCUGGCCAAGGGUCCCAGGCCUCCGUACCUGCAGAGGCAUGAUCCCGAAUCACCACCUCUUUGUUCUAUAGUCUAGUGCUGGUCACUGUGUAUACUAUUUACUUAUUAUUUGUGUCCUUGUUGAGGUCGUUUUAUGCAUUCCCACUCUUAAUCUAGACCAAGGUUUUAUAACAUUUUGGUAAUACCUUUUCUACCGCUGGGUAUAUUUAUUACUUAAUAUAUUUAUUUAUUUUUUUCUAUUUUACUUAUUUAUUUUUAUACUUGAUGAUAAGAUUUAAAGAAAUUCACAGAUUAUAUUUAUAACCUGACUAGAGCAGGUUUUCACGCAGUAAAUAAACCCUCUAAAUUCUAGAGGAAUGGCUAGAGGCGUCAUGCAUUGUUAUUAAAUUAAGGACAUGUCUAUGGCUGCCAAUGUUCUGUGAGACAUUUAAAACUGGAUCAAUGGUUACUGAGUGUAGGUUGUGGAAGAAGAAGUUCUGAUGGGAAAUUGUCUCACAAUUACUGAUCCUUCCCUUCCCCCUUCCCCGCCAAGCCCGUGCAUGUGUAUCUCCCAGCUAUGCAGUUCUGUAUGGCCAAAAGGCAUUUCUACGAAUAAAGCCUUCUUUGCAUAAUAUCUGGAGUUGGAAAGUGCUUCAAGAGCAGAAAUAAUGAAGGGGGUGAGCUUGAAUCCCAUAUGACACAGGGCCCUCUUGUCCUUUGGGGAAGCAAGGUGCAGGUGGGCACCUGGGUCUUCUCUCUCCUACCGAACGCACUCCCUGCUCUUAAUCCCUUCCCAUCUGUGAUCCCACAGCUCAGCCCUCCACAUAGAGGGACUGUGCCCAAGUGAGGGGUGUCAGUCAUGCCUGCUUGUACCACAUUAGCUUUGAACACUGUCCUUUCUGUACCCCGGUUUUCUUUCUCACUUUAGGUUCUCUCGCUUUUGCAUCAGCAGUCCUAAUUGUAACACAAAUUACAAUGGGCUGGAGGCUCUAUUAUGAGGUUUAAGAACACACAGGUACAAAGUGUAGUUAUGAGUAUGGAAAAGAGGACAGUAGAGUGGGGUAGUGUUGAGCCCCCCUUUGUGGUCCUCCCAGUUUGGAUUCUGGCCAGCUUCGUGGCUAAGUUGUUCCUGGGUCAAUUCUUUAUGACCAAAUAUGUCAGCGUCCUCUUUCUAGGCCCCUCUCAUGCUGAGCUUCCCUGGGCUCUAAGAGCCAGAAUUCUGGCCUGGGUUGCUUGCCUUCUUCCUCCUCCCCUCACUGUGAACUGUACACCCAAUUGAGGAGUCUGAUCUUCACAGUUUCAGGAGCCAGCAGACCGAGGCUAGUAGCCAGGCUCCCACACUGGCUUCCCUUACGGCCGCUGGCUUCCGCUCCCAGUCCUCAGCCUGGGCCCUGAUGAAGUUUAAAUAACUUUUGAAUUCUCAUUAUACAAGUAGCAACCACCCAACAGAGAAAAUUUGGAAAAUAUAGGGAAACAUAACAAAAUAAAUAGAAAUCACCCAUAAUCUUAUCACCCACAGUUAGCUACUCUUAAACACUUAGUGGCACUUUUUCCAGAUCUUUUUUCUUGCAUUCAAGUCAUGACUGAACCCUUAUUAGCCGAGUAAUUUGGGCUGUAAAGCUUAAGCUUCUUGCAGUGUAAUUUCUUCCUCUGGAAA